AUGGCGGACUACGGAGGCGGCUACGGCGGUCGCGACGGAGGUCGCGGCUACAACGAUGGCCCUCGUGGCGGCUACAACGACCGGGGCUUCCAAGACGGCAACCGCCGCCGGAAGCGCUCGGACGACAUGUCGGACAACUAUGGCAACAAGCGCCACCGCAACAACUACAACCAGCGCGGCGACUACCGCGACAACUACCGCGGUCGCCGCGACGACAACUACCGCGACAACAACCGCAACGGCGGUGACGACGACGUCAUGGAGCUCAAGCGGCGCGUCAUUACGCUUGGCGACAGCGUGAACGUGAGCGACACGCACGCGGUGCGCGACGUGCUCUCGCGCUGCGGCGAGUGGCUCGGCGAGCAGCUCAUGUUCCAGGCGCAAGAAAUCGCGGCGCUCGUCGUGACGUGCGCCGGUCGCCUCAGCGCCAAGAGCGAGUGGUACGCGCUGCUCACGACGCUCCUCAACGAGAAGAAUGGUGUCUUUGGCAAAAAGGUCGUCGAGCUCGCAUGCCAAGCGAUCCAAACCGACCUCAACUGGUGGCAAUCCGAGGACGACCCCGCUGAGGGCACGACUGAGCUUCUGCGCAUCAAGCUCCUCGUGCGCUUCCUCGGCCACCUCGCGACGACCAAGAUGAUUGUCGCUGCCGACGUGGUCCAGCUCCUCGCCAACUUUGUCGCGCUCUGCACGCCCGAGCCGAUCGCGCCCAACAACCGGGCCCAGCAAGACGCGACUGCGAUCAAGGACUACAUUGCGUACAUCGUUCUCGACACGCUUCUUCACUGCGGACAUGCGCUCUCGGUGGCCGCCGAGGAACCGUUCGACGAGCUCAUUGCGCAGCUCUCGGCGUACAUGGCGUUCCGCGAAGUCGACACGACCCACUCGCGCUUCGUACCCUCCAACAGCUGGGUCGUCCAGCGCGUGCGUCUCAACAUGCUCUGCGACCCGGAAGACGACGACGUGCUGGGCGUCGCCAAGGCGCUGGACCCGCUGGCGGCCACGUGGACGGCGGUCGAGCAGCUCGUGGCCGGCCUCUCGCGGGACUCGACCAAGUCGGACGUGGCGCUCUACAAUCCGUCGCAAUCGUCGUGGAAGGUCCACGCGCUCAUGUACCCGCAGCAGUUUUUCAUGACGGUCAUCAAAAACACGGUGCCCUUUGCGCUGCCGGCGUCGGCCUUUCCGUUCACGCUCGAGCUGGCUGCCAUCCAUGCCAAGAAGCUGCCCUCGUACUCGGUCGUGUUUCGCAUUCUCAACGACGAGAGCGGCCCGAUCGGUGUCGCGAUUGCCCAAAUGCACCUGCCGUCGUACCUCGUCGCCCGGAGCUACUUUGAAGACAUUCUCAAGGCGUUUGCGCCGUCGGUGGCCGAGACGUCCAAGCAACUCUUGACGUGUGCGCACUGGCUCAACGCGCGCUUGGAGAAUGUCCAAGCCGAGUUCAUUUUGGUCGAGACGCUCCUCGUGCACAUUUUGCAGCACCGCGAUGUGCCGUUUGGCGGCGCCGUCCUCUACCAGAUGCUCAAGCAGGACGCGAAAACGAUCCAGAGCGCACUCGCGAUCCUCAUGGAGCUCCUCUUUCGCCAGAUCCCGACCAUGCAGAUGGGCACGCUGGACGUGUUUGUGCGCUUCUUCUCGCUCUUCCUCUCCAAUUUCGAGUACAAGUGGCCGUGGGCCCAUUGGAACUAUGUGCUCGACGCGCAAGCCGACGACGCGCAGCGCCUCUUUGUCUCGGCCGUCCUCGAGCGCUGCGUGCGCCUGAGCUACCGCCAGCACAUGCAGUCGGUGCUCCCCGAGGCGUUCCACAUGCUGCUGCCGCCAACCCGCUCCACAUCAUCCGGUUUCGCCAAGACGAAGCGGAUCAAGGCGCGCGAUGACGCCGCGGUCAUCGAGGCGUGGUGCAACGAGAAGACGUCGUCGCUCGACAAGGCGAUCGUGCUGGAGAUGGUCGUCUCGGCGCUCCUCGAAGCCGGCUCGGCCACGUUUACGCAUUUUCGAAGCCUCUUGGAAAAGUACCAAGAGCUCCUGGCCACCCUCACGGCGUCGACGGAAGAUGCGCUCGCAGCCAUCAACGCGGUCGGCGCGGUCUGGGAGCAGUCGCCGCAGCACGUGAUUCUCAUCUUGAGCCUCAUGAUGCGCCACAAGGUGCUCUCGUCGACCGCGAUCUCGACGUGGAUGUUUAGCUCGGACGCUGUGCAGCAGUACAGCUGGCACUAUGUGUGGGAGAUUCUCGACAACUCGAUCGUCUACGGCAUUGAGCGCGUCGAGGCCAACCCGGAGGACGCGGCGGCACUCGACGACCUCCAAUCGAUGCUCCGUGCCGUCCUCGAGGGCUUUAUGAAGGUGGUGGCGGACCACAAGUUUUCGUGCGACAAGGAAGGCACGUCGUUCAAGGACAACUGGUACACCAGCACGCUCGCACGCAUGAAGGCUGUCGGCCGGCGCUUCCGCGUCGCGCUGGAGCCGCUUCUGCCGUCGCUGGAAACUGGCGUGUUUGCUGCGGCUGGUGCCGAGCAGGAUGUGUGCACGGUCUUCCACUACAUCAAAGAGUCGUAUCAGGCCAAGUAG